AUGGCACCGUACAAGGUAUUGUGUGGGCGCAAAUGUCGAUCGCCUUUGUAUUGGGGUGAAGUCGGCGAGAGACAGCUAUUGGGGCCUGAGUUGGUGCAAGAAACGAAGGAAAAGAUUGCACUCAUCCAAAAACGUAUGCUCACCGCUCAAAGUCGACAAAAAAGCUAUGCGGAUAAGCAUCGCCGUGAGCUCGAGUUCGCAGUUGGAGACCUUGUAUAUCUGAAGGUGUCGCCAAUGCGGAAUGUGUAUCAUUUUGGCAACAAAGGCAAGCUCAGUCUAAGGUAUAUUGAAUCAUUCCAAGUGUUAAAAAGAGUGAGCCCACUAGCGUACAAGAUCGAAAUGCCUCCUAAUUUGGCGGGCGUUCAUGAUAUUUUUCACGUCUCUCAGCUGCGGAAGUGUGUUCGCGAACCAUCACAGUUGCCCGUGCAAAUUUUGGAUCGCAAAGAGCACCAGUUGAGAACCAAGUCCAUUCCUCUUGUGAAAGUUCUAUGGCGAAAUCACGGCGUUGAGGAAGCCUCAUGGGAGCUUAAGCAGCAGAUGCGGGAUAGAUAUCCCCACUUGUUUGAGUGA